AUGAAAUAUCACAGUCAAACCAGACACAAUCAUCUAAGAAAGAGGAACAACAAUCAUGACAUUAAAAAGAGAAUACAAACUGUAAAAGUAGUGCGGCGACAAGGGAUUUCGAGUGCGGAGUCACACAAUGGUUGCGAUGUGCUUCCGUCACGCGUGCUGCUUCUGCUUGAUUCGAUUUUUGUUCUUAUUUUGAUGAUGAUGGUGAGUUAUUUGUUGUGGUUGUUGUUGAUUCAUAAUACUUUCAAGAAGAAGGAUCUACAUCUUGCUCACAAGGUGCUCGACAUAAGUUCCAAACCAACUAUUCUUUCUUAUUUUACUUUUCGAUCUCGAUUCUUUGACUCUGUUCUGGUACGAUUUGGUUGUGCUGGUAUCAACGCGUUGAAUUUACAAUUUUCUUAUGGGAGAAGUUGGUGUUCGUGGAGUUGUGGAUCGUUGUAG